GUCCCUGCCCCAGUGAUCGUUGGCUGCCUUAAAUAGGAGGGGAUACCGGCACCGGCGCCAAGCGCGGAUGCUGCUGAGCCUCCUGCUCGCGGGGGCCGUGGUCGUGACCGGCGGCUCCCACUCCUACCAGUAUUUCUACACGGGGGUGUCAGAUCCCGACUCAGGCCUGCCUGACUUCAUGGCUGUGAGCUACGUGGACAACCAGGAAAUUUUCUGCUACAACAGUAAGAUGCAUAGAGAGGACAGGUGUGCGAACUGGGUGCAGGAGGCCGUCGACCCAGACUUCUGGGAAAGUGAAAUCAGGAGCUUGCGGGGCUGGCAACGGGGAUUUAGAAAGAACCUGGUCACCCUGCAGCAUCGCUACAACCAGACAAGUGGGUCUCACACUCUCCAGCUCAUGUAUGGAUGUGAGCUUGGAGAAGAUGACAGCACUAGAGGGUAUAUGCAGUUUGGCUAUGAUGGGGGAGACUUCAUCAGCUAUGACCUGAGUAUGCGAACCUGGGUAGCGGUUGUACCACAGGCCCAGAUCACUCAGUACACAUUAAAUGAGGAUAAUGCUGCCCUUCAGCUUACAAGAGCCUAUCUGAAGGAGACCUGCAUCAAGUGGCUGAAGAUGUACCUGGAGCACGGGAAGGCAGCGCUGCAGAGCAAGCCUCCCAUGGCUCAGGUGAAUGACAGGUCUUCCCGAGAUGGACUUGCCACCCUGUCCUGCCGGGUCCACGGCUUCUACCCCAAGGAUGUGGCUGUCGUCUGGCUGAAGAACGGGGAGCCACAGACCCAGGAGACGAGCCGCUCAGGGGUUGUUCCCAGUGGAGACGGGACUUACCAGACCUGGGCCACUAUUGAGAUCGACCCGAGCAGCAACCAUGAUUACACCUGCCAUGUGGAGCACGUGAGCCUGGGUGCAGACCUGAGAGUGGCCUGGGAGAAAAAGCCUGAGUCCAGCCUGAUGCUGAUCGUGGGCUUUGUUAUCGCUGUCAUGCUGGUCUUGGUCGUGGCAGGUGCAGCUGUUUACUUCUGCAGGAGGCAGGGAGCAGGAUACAAAGCAGCAUCCACUCGUGACGGCUCCAACAGCUCCGGAAGCAACCAUGGCUCUGACCCCUGUGUCAAAGCUUAGCAGGGCUCAGUGGAGCCUACACCGCCUCCUGGGGGGCCCACAGAGGAGGAAAGAGACAGAUCACAGAGCAACGUGCUGCACUGAUUCCACCCUUCCAGAUGCCUUUUUAUGCCUUGAUUUUUUUUUCUUUGCCCCUUGCUGCAGGAGAGCAAUGAGCUGGUGUGUGAAAUUAAAGCUGCUGGGCUGCAGCCAAGCUGGGAAGGGGGUGGGGUUUGGGGAUUGCUUGUGACUGAUCAGCUUAUUCCAGGUUUGAACCAUAGUUUGCUGUUUAUAAAAAUAACAGAUAGGAAUCAUUUCCAAGGGCAUCUCCCUGCUAAUAGAGAGGUGGGCAGGGCAUGCACUGAAUUGGGCACUGGGUGGGUCAUGACCUAGAGCAGCGGUGCUCAAUCAUUUGGCUAGCUGAAGAUGUUAGUCCAUCUUCAGCAGCACUCCUUCCUGCCCCCUAGGUGCCAAGAUUGAGUGCUGGGGGCCUGUGCACCUGUGCCUCUGCACACUGUGGUGGGGAUACUGCUGCAAAUGUCCAGACUGUGGGAAGCAUCAGUGGCUGGCUGACAUGGCACCGUGAGCUGCAGGUUGCUCACCCCUGUGUUGGCUACAAAUGUCCAACUCGGGAUCCUUAAAAUUCUAGUUUAUUAGGUGGAUUAAAACACUGUAAUCAUAAACCUUGGGGCUGGUUCACACACACACACACACAUGCACACACAUACACACACACACACACACAGUAGCAGGCUACAGAGUCAGGUAUACCUAUCCUACCAGUGCUGGAGUCUGUUGUUGAGGCUUCUUUCAGCGUGGUGUUAUCUUCCAGAAGGGGGUCGCCGGCUGGUCCUUUAGGCUGGACAGGUCUGGUCGAGUUGGAGAUCAAGAGGGCGCCCCUGAGGGUCACUUUUCACUGCCUUUUAUCUGUCCCUGGCAGACUUUGGUGACUCCCCAGUUUUCUGGUUUGCCCAAUCCAGGGGUCAUUGACCCUCGUGGGACUUCCCCCCCCCCCCCCCCCGGUGGCUACUGGACGGCAUCUGUCAGCCCCAGGGGUUGUCCUCAUGUACGUGCAGGUUUGGGAGUCCGUUGAUGAGUUUAGAAUAGGGCUCUGGGAGUGGUUGAUCUGGAGACUUUCAGCGCAAAAGUUGGUCUCUGGUGUUGAUUAACUCAGACCAGGGCUUCUAGCCCUUGAUCAGUGACAUUUAGAGAUUUCCUGGUUGUUAUAUUGUCUUCUAUUGAGUUCUUCCCUUGGUUGAUCUGCAGCUUCCAGGUGAUAAUUGCUACCUGCUACUAUGUUACACAUUCAAUCACUGAUUCACUUGCUCUUUCAGAGGCCAGCCUGAUACAGGGAAGGACAAUUUGAUUCCUGCCUUUGUUAACAUUGUUACAAUGUAUAACUUACUAAAACACAUUCAGUUGAAAGUUGAAAGGUGAGGAAUAUAAAAUAUAAGCUACAAAUGCCAUGGCGCACAAAUAGAGAAAAAUACCAAACUACAAGGGGAGAUACAAAAUGCACACAUACAAAUUUUAAAACACAAUUCCUUAUCUUAAAGUGAAAGAGAGAAGAAGGAAGAAAAGGUAGAAGAGGAGAAACAUAUCCAAAGAGGGGAGAGCAAAUGCAGGCAAGAGGAAAAGGGGGCUUUCUGACAUCGGCCUUACACAAGGGUGAUGUCACUAUACUGUUUGAACACCAUUGUUCAGCUACAUAGACAGGAGGUGUGUCAUCUUCAGCUGGUUUGAAGUUAAAACAAAACUUAGGCAGUUAAAAGAUAGUGAAAGAGAAAAGCCUUGGGGGCAGAGAGAGAAAAUAACAUAACGAGGUUGAUUUGCACAGUUACAAUGGUAUAGUUGUCUCUUUGCUUAUUAAAAUAUGACUUUGAAUGCA